CAAAUCAAGACCAGGUCUGAGUGUCGAGCAGCAAAACAGGGGAGAUUGAGGUGAGGAUACGUAAGUACAACGAUCCGGCGGGGAAACUAAGGCAAACUGUUCGGCGUCUCUCCUCCACACAUGCUCAAGAGAUGGCGCCGUUUCGUUGCAUUUGGCGCGACGCCGGGCAGCUCCAUGGCUGCCGCCAUUGGCCUGCUGCAGCUGCGACGUCGACGCACCGAACAAGUCUGCCUGACAGCCGGCCUGAGCAAGUGACUGGCCUCUCCGUGCCGAUCCUUUGCUCUCCAUCUGUCUAUAUAUACACAUGCGGAUGCACCGUUUCUUGGCAGGCCAGAACCGAGAAGCAGGCAAGCAGCACGAGCAAAGAGCUAGCGUAGCUGCAUUCUGAAACUGAAAGCCUGAAAAUCGAGGCAUCAUUCGCAGCAGGGAAACUAGAAGAGUGCGCGCGCUAGCUGCUAGCUCUGAGUCUCUGACGACAAUUCCAAUGGCCUCCAAGCAGAUGCUCGUGCUCGCCGCGGCCGCCCUCGCCGUCGCCUUCCUCCCGGCGCUCGCCGCCGCCACCGAGCACUGGGUGGGCGACGACAAGGGCUGGACCCUCGGCUUCAACUACUCCGCCUGGGCCCAGACCAAGCAGUUCAAGGUCGGCGACACGCUAGUGUUCAAGUACAGCGAGCCCAGCCACACGGUGGUGGAGGUCAGCGGCGCCGACUUCAAGACGUGCACCAAGCCGGAGAACUCCAAGGUGCUCACCACCGGCCAGGACCAGGUCACGCUCAGCGAGGCCGGCCGGCGGUGGUUCGUCUGCGGCGUCGGCGCGCACUGCCAGAACGGCAUGAAGGUCAGGAUCGACGUCCUUGCCGCCGAGGAGGCCGCCUCGGGUCCCUCCGCGCCGCCGCCGCCGGCGUCCAGCCCCGCGGCCGAGGUCCGCGCGCGCCUCGCGCAGGCCGUGCUCGCGGUGACCGCCGUGAUCGCCGCCGUGCUCGUGUUCUAGGCUUCUAUAGCCUUCAGCGCCUGCAUAAACGUAUACUUGAUUUGAUGAUUUGAGCGUUGAGUUUUUGUGGUGCCGUGCUGGUUUAAUUAUUUCUGUAACUGUAAGAGGGUCCUAAUUCGGUUUCAUUCUGUGCGUCUACGAGAGAAAAUUUCAUUGUGUAUUUGUAUCGAAUAUUUUGAAAUCUACGUGUCCAACAUUUUUUUGAAUGUCGAUGAUUAAAUUAAUCUAA